GCCCGCGGGACAGCCCCCGCUGAACCCAUGGGGCUGGCUCCGCGCUCCCCGCACAAAGCGGGGCGCCGGUUCCAAGCUGGCGGCACCCGAGGGCGCGGGGCCAAAGGGUCGAGGCGGCCCCCAGCAGGGCGCCCGCGGCCACCCGGCCCGCCGCGCGAAGGGCGCUCGGAGUCGGCUCCUGAGGCGCCCCCUCACCUGAGCCCCGAAGCCCUGGGGUAUUUUCGGCGAGCGCUGUCGGCGCUGAAAGAGGCUCCCACGAGCGGAGAAGAAAGAGAGCUGAUGGUGCGCAAUGUGUUGAAGGAAGUGGAGGAGCAGGCCCUCGCGUUGGCCCUGAACCGGACCGGCAGUGAGAUGUUGCAGGAACUCUUGGAGUUGAGCCCCCAGAAACCGCUGUGCCGAGUGUGGGCUGCCCUGCGCGCCAACUUACGCUUGGUGGCAUGUCACCGCUGUGGCGUGCAUGUAUUGCAGAGUGCUCUGCUGCAGCUGCCUCGACUGCUGGGGAGCCCGGUGAAGGAGGCGCAGGAGGAAGAAGAGGACGAGGAGGACGGGGAGGAUGAGGAGAAGGGGAAGGACGGACCCUUGGAAACUCUGGAAGAGCUGGUCCUGGGACUCGCCUCUGAGGUGUGUGAGGAUUUUCUCACCUACUGUGGAGACACACACGGCAGCUUCGUGGUCAGAACUCUGCUGCAGGUGUUAGGAGGGACUGUUCUGGAGUCGGAGCGAGCCAGGCCCCGGAGCUCCCAGGCACCAGAAGCACAGAAGGCCCCCGCGCGGGAGUGUAAGCCCACUGACUUCGAAGUCCCUGCAGCCUUCCUGAGCCGCCUUCAGGAUCUGUGCUCCUGCUUUCUCAAAGACCUUGCUGUGUUUGUCACUGACAAGAUCUCCAGUUUCUGCCUUCAAGUGGCCUUGCAGGUCUUACACCGCAAACUGCCCCAGGACUGUGCCCACCUCUGCAGUGCCGUGAUCAGCUACCUCAGCAGCCGCCAGUCCUCAGCCGAUGGCAGCCCCCUGCUGCUCUUCCUGCGGGAUCAGACGAGUUCCAGGCUCCUAGAGCAGCUGCUGCUCGUGCUGGAGCCCCCGAGGCUGCAGAGCCUCUUUGAGGAUCACUUGCGAGGACAGCUGCAGAUCCUGGCUGCACAUCCUAUCGCCAACUUCCCUUUGCAGCGCUUGUUAGAUGCAAUCACGAGCCCAGCCUUGCUGUCCCCUGUGUUUGAGGAGCUGAGCCCUGCCCUGGAAGCUGUGCUGGCGCAGGGUCACCCGGGCGUGGUCGUGGCCCUCGUGGGGGCCUGCCGCAGAGUCGGUGCCCACCAAGCCCAGGUCCUGCAGCUGUUGCUGGAGGCAUUCCACUGUGCAGAGCCCACGUCCCGCCAGCUGGCCUGCGCGCCCCUCUUUGCCACCCUGCUGGCAUAUGAAGUGUACUAUGGCCUGACGGAGGAGGAGGGCACGGAGCCCUCGGAGUACCAGCCAGAAAUGGCCGCAGAGCAGGCCCUGGGGGACGUGACAGUCCCGGGGUCCCUGCUGCUCCAGCAUCUGCUGCACUUCUCCACGCCGGGGCUCGUACUGCGCAGUCUGGCCGCCCUAACGGGACCCCAACUUCUGGCGCUGGCCCAGAGCCCUGCGGGCUCCCACGUGCUGGACGCUGUCCUGACCAGCCCCUCGGUGACACGCAAGCAGCGCCGCCGCGUGCUGAAGACCCUGAAGGGACAGUAUGUGGCUUUGGCCUGCAGCCGCCACGGCAGCCGUGUGCUCGAUGCCAUCUGGAGUGGAGCUGCCUUGGGGGCCCGGACAGAGAUCGCUGAGGAGCUCGGGGAGCGGAACCAGGAGCUGCUCAGAGACCCUUUUGGCCACCAUGUGGCUCGCAACGUGGCCCUGACGACCUUCCUGAAGCGACGAGGGGCUUGGGAACAGCAGCAGGGUGCCGUGGCCAAGCGCAGGCGGGCUCUGGAGUCCAUCCUUGGAGACUGAAGCCUGCCCACCGGGGCCCCGGGACUUUCCCGAGCUGGGACUGCAGACAAGUCUUCUUAGUAAAUGUUUUUAUAUUUUUAUUGGAAA